CUGAAACAAACAUGGCGGACUUCGGAGAUCGAGAAAUGAUUUUGGCCAAUUUUCAGGUAACUUGACGACAUGAUCUUUUGAAAGGCGAGAACAUAGUCUGUAAUUUUAUUGUUUAUUUAUUUUAGGCUGUGACAGGCAUAGAUAAUCUGGAUGAGUGUAUUGAACUACUUAAUCAGCAUGACUGGGAUUUAAUGGUGAGUUUUUAUAAUUUUCACUUGUAUAUCGAAAAGUGUUGCUUAUCAGAAAUUGAUGCCAUAAUAACGGUGUGAUUGGUUUGAUAAAUAGUUUAAGUUAUGAAGGCGUAUUUUUAGAUCUUAUAAAUUUCGAUAGUGAUAUAGCAUAUAGAAAUUUUAAGAACCAGUUGAUACGUGACUUAUCAUUUAGAUUACUGCUCUUUAUGCACCAAUCAAUGUUAUGCCCGACCCUAGGGAGAGCGGGCAAACCCAGGGGCAUUCGACAUUUUCAAUAUUUUUGUGUCAAUAGACCCCGCUGUGAAGCAGCACUUUGUGGUCAAUCGUAGUCAAAUGCCCCCCAUCCCUGAGUUAGAAGAAAACUACAAAGAUGUUAUAAUCUGCUCAAACAAUUUAUUUAUAUUUAUAUAAUAUAGCAUUUGUAAAUUCUGAACGCUAUAAAUUGGCUAAGAGCCGUUCUCGUCGCUCUUGGAUUCAGUUGUAAUCAUUAUUUUCUCCUUUCUGAUUAUUUAUUUCCUAGUCUACUAAAUUAUGUAUUAAAAAGACUAAAGUUAACAAGAUUUUAUUUAAAAAAAACCAGAAAUAAAGUGAUAUUAUUCAUGAAUUCACCUUGCGAUAUUCCUGAAACACGCCAUGAUGUCGUCCUCUCUUGCGAAAAUGAUAGGAGACUGGUAACAAGAAUGUCAAAAUGCCCGACCCUGGGAGCUUCCUUGAUGUCAAAUAAAAUCAAAUCCCCACCCCAAAAGCAGGGAAAUCAGGUCAAUUCCCCGUGUAUCCCCGCUCUCCCUAGGGUCGGGCAUAACAUUGAUUGGUGCAUUAUAGCUUAAAUUGUCAUGAAAAUGAGGGCACAGUUUUCAUUUUCGUUAUUAAAAAUAAAAUAAUGCCUCAUUACGAUCUUCUGCAUCCUGUGAAAAGUUUGGAAAUGGUGCACCCAAGAUUAUGAAAACUAAUAGUAAAAACACAGUGACACAGACAUAACAAAUCAAAAUUGUGUGCCUGAGAUCUCGGUUGUGUGAUGCAAACUUUUCAUGGUGAUCCUGAUGUAGUGCUUACCUAAUACAAUAGCCAAUUUUAUACUAGAGAUGUAUUAUCUGUCUGGAUUAGUUUGGGAAAGCAACUUUAGUUCAUUUGGUUGUACGUAUAUAUUGUGUCCAGACAAACUAUUUUUGGUAGUUUGCCUUGAUUGAUGCCCAGCUAUUGAUAGUUCAUCCAGACGCAUUAAUACAUCUCAUGUUCUGUGGUAUUCAUACUGAAAAUAACUGGUAAGUGGUAACAGAUAACAAAAAUAAACAAGCUUAUUCAUUUUUACACUACAAGAAUAAUUUAGAAGGCACCAGUGCCAUCAAGAGCAAGUUGUUAGGAUCUUGUACAAAAAAAAUGCAUUGGAUUAUUCCUGAAAAGAUCCAAACUCCCCCCACAGAGGAAAUUUCUGCUAUGCAGAGGGGGAGGGGAGAAAUAUUUGUUUCUGAUAAUAGUAAUUGUAUUAGGGCAUCCAAAGGGGGCAGAAGGGGUUGACUUCCAAUUUCCUCCAUGGAGAAGGUAUGGAUCAUACCUGCAGAUUUUAUUUUUGUGGAGGUAGCCAAUCUUCAAAUGGAGCUAGGCUAUGCCACAUUCUCGUACCCAGAGCCCGUCUUACACGCGGUCAACAGAGCAUGACAAGGGUCGAGGAGUACGAGAAUGGGUUGCGCCGCAAUUGCAGAUCAAAAUUUAGCCGCUGAACGAGAACAGAAUACCAAGUGUGCCGCUAGAUAACUAGCUCCUAAUGAAUUUUGGAAUUACACAGCAGGUAACUUCAGGCUUACAUACCUAGUGACUAGGCUGCAUGGCUUCACCUCGCUACACAUACUCUUUGGAGUUAGGCAAUUAGCCCGUAUUAAACUCAAGGCUUAGAUACCAAUUUUUUCAUGCUUCUUGGAGUUAUACCUAGCUCCAAAUGAUUUUCGGAGUUAGCCAGUAACUCCAGGCUUAGAUACCUAGCUCCUAAAUGAUUUUUGGAGUUAGCUAGUGACUCCACAAUUCAUAUUUCAACUCAGUUUUGAAUCACACAAGUUACUCAAGUGUAUAUUUUGGUUUGGAGUUAGACCUUUAGAGCUUGGAGGUAGCAUCGCUCCAUAACGUCCUAAUUUCGACAGGCAUUGUAUGGAUGGUUUCUAGAGUGACCCAUUUUGAAAGUCUGAGAAGAACAUUUUUCAUGUUUCCUGAGAAGAACUUUUAUCAUUAUACCAUACCUGUGUUAAAAGCGGUUUUCUGAUUGGUUCACCUGCUUUUUGCCCGAACUCACCUGCUUUUCGCCGAACUUGCCCGCAAAACUGCUUACGUUGCAAUAAUAACAAUAACAAAUAUGACUUAGCCGAUAAACCCUAACUUUAAUUAAAGAACUUUUUCGGUGACCUAACCUACUAAGACUGAAGAAAAACCAAAGAAAAAUGCAAUAUAUGAAUAGACGUAGAUAAAGAAGUAUUAAGAGCCCAGCAAUUUUUUUGGCCGAGAAAAUGUUUACAAAACUUUGACGAAUAUAUCGCAAAGAACUACAAUGUGUGUAUGGCUCGGUGUAUGGGAUAAAAACCAAACAUACUUGCAGGUUUGGUGAGUCGGGAUUGGACACAUCUCGCGUGGCAUCCUCGUACCCAGGGUCUUUUUGUUCAGGAAACUUCCAGCCACCCUCGGUGCAUCCAAUCCCGGACUCACCUCUCUGCAAGUAUGUUUGUUAUAAAGUUUUCACAUUUAUAGCAAAAAGCACAAGUUAUAAACUUUUACAACCUCAUCUCCCAGUUUUCUGUAUACACAAUUACAAGCAUGAAUGAAUUUGUUUUGUUCCUAUUCGUAUAUACACAAUGUAAAUGUAACAACAAAAUAUUAGAGAUCAGUUGAUUGUAAUUACCUGUGCAAGAAAGAAAUGAAGUGAACUACAAUCCUGGAUGAGGAUUCUGACAGUCCUAUAAGACACCCAAUGCAUCCGGACAAAUAAUGCAUCAAUAUAUAAAAACAGCUAUUUAAAAACAAAUGAAAACAAAUCGUUUUGCAUAUAACCUGAACCUAAUACCCUUUUGACCUUAAAAGGUUAAAAGAGCCUGGGUACAAUGGGUUGAUGUAACACAUUCACACAGCUAAGGCCUGGUUCAAACGUCGAAUUUUGCAUGUGUCGAAUACAAUUCGCAUUUCAUUCGAGCGAAAUCAAUGAAUUCGACGUUUGAUUCAAACGUCGCAUUUUGCAUGCAUUUAAUUCGAAAUUGUAAGUGUUGUAGAGUGUAGACACGCCCCCUUGAUAGUUUUAAUUAAUAGAUUGACAUUUAUUUUUAACCUAGCUGUGGUUUAACAACAAGAGCGAAGUUUCGCUCAAAAAUAAACACAGUAUGUCAGUAGGGCCAUUUAUACGACUAUACCAGCGAAAUAAGCCGUCGCUCGUCUUAUUUAAAGCACGAAAAAAUACUAUGUCUAUGUAGUCCCGUAUAAAUGUUCUUGUUCGCGACUUUAUUUUCGCUUGUAUAUAAACUGACAUGAGGCUAUUGACUAUUUUUCACACAAACACACAAGAAAAACAUGAAAUUAUUACCAUUCUAUGUCCUACACGCGAAAUUUGAUCCAUUAACACUACAUGCCGUCCUUCUUUUACCUCGUUCCAGACUUUUUCCGCGAGCCCCACCCUAGCAGAAUUGAAUUCGACACAUGCAAAAUGCGACGUCUGAAACAGGACGCAUUUAGCUCGCACUUAGCUCGCAUUAUGCGACCGGUCGGGUCGAAUUUAAAGUUAAGGUCGACCGCAAUUAAAAACGUCGCAUUUAAUCGUUUCAGACGUCGAAUUUUGCAUGCACAUAAUUCAAGCAAUUGAAUUCGACACAUGCGAAAUGCGACGUUUGAAACAGGCCUAACACAUUCUUCAUCAGGCAAAAUGAAAUUAACAAAUAUGGAAAUAGGGUACAUUAGGGUGUAUGGUGGCUAAAUAUGGGCAUAUAUAUAUAUAUAUAUAUAUAUAUAUAUAUAUAUAUAUAUAUAUAUAUAUAUAUAUAUAUAUAUAUAUAUAUAUAUAUAUAUAUAUAUAUAUAUAUAUAGGAAUAGAAAAUGCUGAUCUUCCCAUUGUUCAGGCUUGGGAAAAGGGCACAUUGAAGAAAACAUGUGGUAGUCCCCCCCUGGUUCUUACUACACUGUGGCUAAAUGAAUGAAACCAUAGUUAAUAUAUUAAUGAGAUAUAAUUAACUCUCAUUAUAUUAACUAUGACGAAACUCAGGAGUCCAUAACCCAUGAAAUUGUGCCACUAUAUUGUUCUCUUUGCAGUGAUAUUCUGGAUGAAAUAGGGAAUCACACAAUUUAUAUAUUAAAUCCAUAUAAGUAUCUAUAAGAUCAUCUUCUAUUAUUUAAUGGUGAUGUACGUGUCUUUUCCCCACACAAAUUCGUAACUCAAAUCCUACAUUUUGUCUUUUGAUGCACAAGGUCAAGGUCCUGGGCCAGUCCGGACUGUUAUUUUUGGUGCUUGUCUGAGUGCAUUUCCCCCAUUGUGCACUAUGCAUGCAUCCAUGGUUAUUUAUAGUACAAGCAUUUGGAGUUGGUUAGUCACCUUAUUUGCUAUCAUUCGUUUGCAUUCACGGGGCAAGGUAUAAAAGGCGGGGGUAAAAAAGGAAAAGCAUACAGUGAUUGUCUUUUUAUUCUGUAGUGUCGAUUCUCUAACAAUUUUUGUACCAACUAUUGUACCUUCCUGUUAAUUUCAAUACAGGUCUCAAGAUAGCCCUCAAGAUAGCCUGCUCGCAGUCCGAAAUUAAGAGCGACUGCAUGCUUAGGUUGUAGCGCCUUUCAGGAUGUUCGGGCAGCAAACGUUACACAUUUGGACACUAGCCAAAUAGUCAAUAGACAUUGAAUGUCCAUUCUUUUGAUUCUAAAAUUAUUUAACUUUAUAUCUAGACUGUUUAUAUGCCAUUGAUUUAAUUUAAUUAAAAGUAUUGAUCAUUACACUGGCCGCAGCCAGUGUCAUAGUUUGCCCUCGCUGAAAAUGCUGUCUUUCGGGGUUUUUGUUGUUGUCGCAAGUGUUUACAAGUGUGACUUUCCAUUGCGGCAUCGUGGGCUCAGGAUUGCGCAAUUUAGCUAAAACAUGUUCACGCUGCUCAGGACCAACUCUAAACAAUGUUAAACAGAACGAAUCUCGUAUUUAACUACGUUACAAAUCUUAGAUGCUGUAAUUGUGGGACGUAUUUUAUUAUAUUUCAUUGCGCAUGCGCUUGAAUUUUUCUGUGUUUUUCGUUAAGAUAUCGCUGAACUCUAUUGGUUUUGUAUGGAUUUUUAUUAUGGAUAUUUAUUGUGUUUGUUUUGUCCUUUGAAUAUCUACAUGUUUCAAAUUAUUUUUUAGAAUAUUGCGAUGGUAUUUUACCAUGCAACCGCGAGGCCAGUGUGAACGCCUGAGCAGGCGUCUUGUUUAUAUUAAUCACUUGCUACUGUAAAUAAAUCAAUGUAAAGUUUAUACUGUUUCGAAAUAACCACAUUUAGUGACAUACCCGAGAGAACAUAAGAAGAAUUUCAAAGCAUACGAUCAUACGUUUUUAUUGCUUGUUUUCCUGACUUGUCUGUUGCUAUAAAAAUCUAUUUAGAAUAUUGUUAUAAUUUAAAAACAAAUGCAGAUCAAAGUUAGCAAGUAUUUUGAAGCACAUAUGAUUCUCGGUACAGUACACUCACUCCUUGCAAUCGAAAUGUAAAGUGCGGAAGUGGAAGCAUGUAAUAUAAGACUUUUCCCUUACUCCCUUAGGCAAUCAAUUUUCUAUGGGUCACGUGACCACCUCCAACCAGGGUCUUUCCUCCACAAGAGGGGAACGAGGUUGGAGGCUCUAUAGCCAAAGUUACACACUUCCGGAAGGGUGUAUUAUAACGAAUCCUGAUUAAGGUCCUGGAGUACAUCAUUUAAAGUCCAUAUCACUGUAGAACCAAGACGAAUCCUGGGUAGGAUCGUAUAGAAUCAUGAAAUAUCCUGAGUAAGAUCCUGUAGAAUCAUCUAGAGUCCUCAGCAGAGUACUGUAGAAUCGAGAAAAAUACUGAUUAGGAUCCUGUGGAAUCAUAACGAUUCUAUUAAGACGCUGAAGAAUUCUCAGUAAGAUCCUGUAGAAUCCUGAUUACUAGGAAGAGUCCUGCAUAAUGCCCUGUAUAUCGUGUAGAAUCCUGAGCAGGAUCAUUUAGAAUCAUGACCAAUCCUGUGUAAGAUCCUGAAUAGGAUUCUGUUCAGUGAUAAAGAAUCCUGAGCUGCAUCCUGUAGAAUCAUGACGUAUCCUGCGUAUAUAAGUCCUAUAGAAUCAUGAAGUAUCCUGCGUAAGGUCCUCUAGAAUCAUGAAGUAUCCUGCGUAAGGUCCUGUAGAAUCAAGAAGUAUCCUGCGUAGGGUCCUCUAGAAUCAUGAAGUAUCCUGCGUAAGGUCCCCUAGAAUCAUGAGGUAUCCUGCGUAGGAUCCUGUUCAGUGAUGAAGAAUCCUGAGCAGCAUCUUGUAGAAUCAUGAACUGUCAUGCGUAAGGUCCUGUCGAAUCAUGAAGAAUCCUGAGUAGGAUCCUCUUCAGUGAUGAAGAAUCCUGAGUAGGAUCCUCUUCAGUGAUGAAGAAUCCUGAGCAACAUCCUGUGCAAUGAUGAAUAAUCCUGAGCAACAUCCUGUGCAAUGAUGAAUACUCCUGAGCAGUGAUGAAGAAUCCUGAGCAGGAUCAUGUAGGAUCUUGUAGAAUUCUCGUAGCUAGGAGUUACUGUGGGGAAGGGAAUUGUUGCUUCAAACUCGAUAUUCUCAAUACACCGAUCGGGAAAAAGAUUGGGAAUGCAUUGGCAUAUUUGGUGCUGUUAAAACAAUUCCAUGAAAAUGCCGUGCUCCUUAGUUGUAAUUUAUUCAAUAUGCUGUAGAUUUGUAAUUUUGCAUCCCACUUUAUUAACUCUGAAGGUAAAUUCCUAAAUAGAACUUGGGUAAAUAGAACUGCAAAAUUUCAUUUCGUUGUGGCUGUUAUUCUACUGAAAUUAUGCUGGACAUUGAUCUUUAGCAUCAGAUUACGAUUACCUGAUUCUAAAAGGAACUGAACUGUUCUUACUGCUUUCAGCAUUUUAGAAAAUUCCAGAAUUUUUGAAUAAAUUUAUUUUUUGCAGUCAUGUGUCAAUUCCGUAUUCGCCAAUCGGUCAUCAGAACAACUGGAUACAGUGGACAGUAUUGGAGAUUCUUUAACCACAAGAAGGUACUGAGCUGGUUCAUCAAACAUUGUUUAUCAGGAAUUUGUACAGUAGUUUGGCAUAUUUGAGCUAGUGAGUAAUAUACAGGAAGGUGAGAAUUACUAAUACUUUGUGUUUCUGUUAUGUACAGCGUACAACUUCAAGCUCAACCACCAGUCACCACUUCGAUUCCUAGCUCUGAAAGUCGUAUCUCUGGGAGUCACAGCUGUGAAAGUCAGAACUCUAGAAGUGACAGUUCUGCAGGAAGAAUACUCCAGUUCAAUGUUGAAUGGAGAGAUCGAACUAUAGCCGUAACCUUACAUGACACUUCAUCAGUUGGUUAGUACUGUAAUUAAAAUCACCAGUAAAAAUUGUAGUACUAACUUUAGCCAAUAGAGAGUUUAAGUUCGACUUCCGAUACCAAUACCGAUACUAACAACAUGUCAUGCGCAUGCUCUCUGCUUGCAAGAAGUACAAGGACAAGUGUAUUGGAAGUCACCACUACCGAAGUCGGCCGUGUAUUGGAAGUCGAGGGAAUUGUAAGAUAAACUCAUAUAAAUCGGAUAUUCAUAAUUUUUACGAUAAACAUGUAAACUAUUUGUUUAUUAGCAUCGCCUGAGUCAUGUUUCAGUCGGAAUUUUAGCUCAGCUGCCGUUUAGUAUACCGCACACGGUGACGGUUAAGCCUGGUUCACACUGGUCCUAAGAAUCGGGGAAUUCCAUUGUCUGUGGUCAUUGGUGUGGAAAAUCCUUUUUCUGUCGGAAGAGAAUACAAUAGAUCACCGAUGAAAUACGACCAGUGUGAACCAGGCUUUAAUGUGUUCUAUACUUUAUCUGUCGUGAUAACUUAACGCUUUAAAAUUCCCGGUACCAAAAUGAGAACGGAAGUGAAAACAUCGGUAUUGGUAUUGGAAGUCGAACUUAAACUCUCUAAUGUUUGGAUGGAGGUAGGUAUGGUCGGAUUCUAGCGAGCACCAAGAGAACCAAAAUUCGUGGAAAAGAUUGGAUCCUGAUAUCAAAUUCCAACUGGUAUACGACUCGGGUAGAUUAUGCCCCGAUAGCUUUCGGAUUUGGCUCAAUAGCUAUUUUAUCCUUAUUUUGGACUACUUUUGGAGUCGAACGCAUUUACUCCAUGACGUAGGUUUACAUUGUAACUAACUCCGCGUAACUGCAGAAAUCUUAAUUCGAAGGCCUUAAAGCGCAUAAUUUGGAGUUUGGAGGUAGCGCCGCUUCAUAGCUGGUUAACUUUUGCAGCCAUGAAGGCAUGAAUCACUUAACAUGUUUUCUUCUAAUAAAAUCAACCGGACUUGCAUCAUAGUACACGCGGUGUAUAGAAAAAGGUAAUCCGACUAAAUAUUGAGUUCAUUGAUAACAUCGAGAUCGUAUUUUCCACCGUUAGGUAUGGACCAUUUGCAUUAUAGACUAAAUUUUGAUCUAAACAAGUCUAGACAAAAAUUUCAUCACAGCUAGAAAGAGCAUCACAAAAUUAGUUAUAUUCCAAAGUUUCGUUGCGAAAUGUUGUAAAAUGCGGAUAAUAUAGCCUUGCGAAAUUUGCAAUUUUCACUCAUUAUGUAGUACAAACGGGAAAGUGAUGCCCCAACACCCGAUUGGGCUGUCAAUUUCCCGUGCGUAAUACAAAAUGACUGAAAAACGGCAAACUUCGCAAGGCUAUAUUAUCCGCAUUUUACAACAUUUCGCAACGAAACUUUGGAAUAUUACUAAUUUUGUGAUGCUCUUUCAAGCUGUGAUGAAAUUUUUGUCUAGAUCAAAAUUUAGUCUAUUAUGCAAAUGGUCCAUUGGGUUUGCACCUAUUGAAAAUAUAUCCAGUUGGAUCUUCAAUUCAUUGAAUCGACCUCGUAUUUGGUCCUUUUUGCUUGGAGUGAUAUAAAGUCUAUGCGCUCAAUAUUGAAUGCGCAAGAACAUGCUAAAGUUGGAUUACCAAUUUUGAUACACCCUGCACAACUCAUCAAGUAUGAUAAAAUAUUAAUCAUCCAUAACUUUGUAGAAAUACCAAGGCUUAUGAUUCCGAACAAACUAGCAGACUAACAAACUCACGUAGCGAAUAUGAAGUGAUGCCUAACUUCUUUGAGCACCGCAAUUAUUCAUUAUUCAUGCUUUACUGCUGCCCAGUGUCCGACACUUCACGAAAUAUUGAGAGAGGGGGAGGGGAGGGGGGCGGAUUUUCAACAUGUAUAUGCCAAAGAGGCCUAGAUUUUUUCAGAAUAUGGAUCACUUGAUGAAAUGAAUAAAGAGUCCAGAGUUGUUCCAUUUGACUGACAUUAGAUACUUUUUCUAAGAUAAUCAAUUAAGCAUGUCGAUUAGCGUUGUUGUUUAAUGUGCAGUUAUAACGACCAAUUCUAGCGGUUUAAAAGCUGUAUAGCUGUAAUGAAUUCCACAGAACAAAACAGGUUUUAUAAAAUGCGUAUGUUGUGGCAUCAUGCAUUGUACAGAAUCAUAUAUUGCUUGCUAUAUUGCUAACUUUAGCUUAAGUUUUAUCCAUGGUUUUAUUUAAUAGUCAUUAUGACAAUUACGUUAUAUGGGUGGGACUGUGAAUUGUGAUAUUUGGUACCAGACUUUUAUAGGUCUUUCAAAAUUAUUGUGUGCCCUACAGUGCCCUACAUUUGAAAUCAGUAUCGAAGCUUGAAGGAAAGAACGACCGAUGUUUGUAUUUGUAGCAAUGUUGAAAAAAGAACUAGAAAAAGAUAUUGGUGUACCAACAGCGCUGCAUGAGUUAUCUCAAUGGCCCAAGGAUAUUUCUGUGACUGACAGUGUAAGUGUAUGGAUAUACUGUGGUACUUAUAUGUCCUUUAACUUCUAUUUAAAUUCAUUUUUACUUGCAAAUUACACAGUACAUCAUAUAGUAUCUGCAGAUAUGCAAUCACGUAUCUGUAUGUACAUAUUGUACAUAAAUAAAAAUUUGUACAAAUAAAGACAUAAAAUGCUUGGAUUAAAAUCUUCAAAUAUAUUCACUCUGUUCGCCAAUACCAUAAUACUUUGCGCCUUGGGUGGUUCAGCUUCAAAAUGUGUGGUAUUAACAGAAGAGACGGAGCUAGAAAUGGAUGAAAUUCCAGCUGUUUUCUCUGUUAACACAACACGUUUUGCAGCAGAGUGACCUGACCUCCCCCCCCCCCCUUCCCCCAAAAACUCAUGGCAUUGCGAAGUGCGUGCAUAUGGUGUGGCUCUCCGUAGGUGGGGGGGGGGGGGGUUGUGAAACCAAAACCUUAAAACCUGUUGUGUUGUCCUCGUAAAAGGGGAGCAUUGCCAACUUUGUUGAUUUUUCCUUACUGACGUAAGGUUUUCCAUCCAAGGCUUAGGAUCUUUAACAACCGGCAAAAUACCAUGUUUCUGGUUUUUCUUUGUACCUUUGUGACAGUCUGGAACUGAUUUCCACGCAAUCCAAAGGGACUUUACAAUUUACAGCUAAAGUUGUUUUUACUCCAUGAUUAUACAAUUACUUUAUGGUUUCCGUGUUUGGAUGGCCUGAUCCAAACACGCGGGAAUGUUGCGAGAGUUAAGAAAAGCGAGCGAAAUCACGAGCCGAAGGCGAGUGAUUUUGCCCGCUUUUCUUAACUCGAGCAACAUUCCCAAGUGUUGAUCAGUCCAUCCAAACACGGAAACCAUAAAGUAAUUGUUUUAUAAAAUAACAACAACACGGUAGUCUUCCGUGUUUGGAUGGCCUGAUCCAAACACGGCUUUCGACCAAUCAGAAUACGCGUUAUAUACAUGUUAUUUUAUAAAGUAAUAUACUAAAUGUUAUUUGUCUAGACUAUUUUAUCUCGUUUAAAUUUGGAAAAUGAAACGUCAUUAGUGUUGUUAACGCCAUCGGAAACCAGCAGCUGUGGUGAAUCUAGUGCUCAGUGUUCAUCAACCAUGAACAACGGAAUGAUUAAAUCCAGGUAAAAGUCGAAUAGAUGUUUUGUCGUUGUGUAGGAUAUUGUGUAGAGUCGCGUACUGUGUACGGAAGCUACUGUCUUGCUCUUGUUUAUGACGUAAAAACCAUUAUAGUUUAUUUUAAACGAAUGAGUAGUUUGAACAUGUAUGCAAUACAUUACUACUAAACAGUACUUUAUCCGCGAGUUCAUUAGACGAAUGUUUAACCUUGCAUGCAGUAUUCAAGUCAACAUGAAGUAACACUAUGAGUUCUAUGUACUUAGAGUUAAAAAAAAGCAUAAAACAAUGUGUCAUUAUACAUUAAUAAAAAAUCGUAGGCUAAAGGUCAAACAAAGUGUUUGACACUAAUUGAGUUUGCUCUGGAGAGACAGUCACGGUCUCUUCACGGAGGACGAAAGCCAGUUUUCGUAUUUUGAAAAAGUGUCCGGAGCAGUUUUGACUGUUUUGUUUUCGAAAUACUCUUCAUUAAGAAACUUUCUUCCAUUUUGAUUCCAUUCUUGCUUCCAUUCUGAUUUUUCUUGAGUGCACACGAAACAAUAACUAGACUUUUAGGCUAAGAAUUUUUAUUAACGACUCAUUGUUUUUAGUCUAGUAUGUUUAGAACUCAUACUUCAGUGAAACAAAAUGAGUGACCAUCAAUACUUUUGUAGUCUUUAGUUAGUAAACUAUCAGUGAAUUAAGAAAACUAGCCUCUGAAAUUUGGACAAUAAUUUGUCUAUUGACUACGUUAACCUUUGUACUUAGCUGAAGUGCAAAACAAGUUCUAAUGGCAGUUGCAAGCUACUACAUACAGUACCUAGUCAUAUAAAAAAUAGGGGUGCACCGGAUUUGGAAUUUUCAGAUCCGGCCGGAACCGGACUUACCGGAUUUGGACAAAAAUUCCGGCCGGAAUUCCGGCCGGAUUUGCCGGAUUUGAGGUAAACCGAUAAUGGGGACAAUUGGGGAUAAAUUGUGAUAAUUCAGUAUUCAAAAUGGCGGUUUAUGUUUUUUACUAUUUUUAGUUAGUGUCAGUUUAGAUUUUUUAUUGUGUUUAAACCUUUUUAAAAUAUCUUUUUGUUAAUAACUUAAUAUUUUAUAAUAAUAUAAGUGUUUGUUAAACUUUAAAGCUGCCAAUUUGAUGGUUUACCCCAUUCUUGGUGAAUUUUUUGAGGUGAAAACAGAAAUUUAAAUCCGGCCGGACUUUCUCCAAAUCCGGCCGGAAGCCGGAUGCCGGAAAAUUCGUUAAAUCCGGCCGGAAUUCCGGCCGGAUUUGAAAUCCGGUGCACCCCUAAUAAAAAACGUACCGUCUUUGUAGUAAUCAACAAGAUUUCAGAAUCUUUGAAAUAGCAAUCGUCACUGUAACUGGUAUAUGUAUUAAAAUGCAAUAUAAAAGACAAAUAAAACCAGUUUUCUGAAGUACAGUAUCAGAACAAGACUCUGUCUGGCUUCAUAAUAAGAAGCAGUAAUAUAAGGACCAAAAUCUACUGUUUCUCUUAUGUGGGUUUUUACUGUAGUCUAUUUUUUAUUCCAACAGUCGUCAUGUGGGUGUGCCGGAAGUCAAACUGAACAUUCGGUAUACCAAUAAACAACAUGAGUUGACGUUUCCUGGAACGAAAACAAUAGGAGAGGUAAGUGGCUUUUCAUCGUACGUUCCAGCAUGCAGGUUGCUUGUGUUCAAUUGUUUUUUCUUGAGGGGGGGGGUGAGGGGUUUCACAAAUCUGAACCACAAAGAUCCACAUCGUCGAAAGGUUCUUUUUUCAUUGUUAUCUUGUACUCACAGUCGAAGUAUUGUAAUGAUUCAACCCAAACUCAUGCAAAUAUACUGUGAUUACACAGAUCUGUUUCACUCAUUCUCUGAAUUUACAUAAAUAUGAAUAUAGAAUUUAAAUUAAAAUAAUGUGGUAGCUUAUUAUAGAAUGCUAUCUACAAUUCGUCACCACCAAUGAGGUAUUUGAGUGAUUAAAGGCUUUUUAAGCGGCCAACUUUGCUGUGGAACCCCUUUUGCUGUCGUACUGUAAUUAAUUUUAUGGAAGUUAUUUUUAUUACCAGUACCAUAUAUUAUACUUUAAUUUUUCUCUGUUUCUCUGAAUUUCAUGCGUUAACGCCGUGGGUGUAUAUUGAGUUAAUUAAAAAUACCUCUUCUUCAAUGCGCAGAUAAAAACGGAUGUUAGAGAUCUGACAAAUGUUGAACCUCGUUACCAGGAAUGGAUUGGUUGGCCUGAGCGAGUCAAUGACCAGGUAUUUACUGUAGUAAACUUUCUUUCAACAUUUCCUUGGCCCGCAAUCUUGAACGAUGUAAGAGACUGUCACGAGACUGCGCGCAGGUUACAUUUUCUCGGCCAUCUUAAUCUUUUUAAACCUUUAAUUCUAUUUAGACGAAACUUGGUGAUCUCAACAAAACGUUUCACUUGUUAACUUUAAAACGACGGCUGAGCCCGAGAGGUCGAUCUCCACCAAAGGUUAGUUAUUGAUUGGCUUAUUAUGUGCAGUGCUCGAAACGUUACGAUUGACUUUCACAGCAAAGCUUUAUUGCGGAAACAUUGUUUCCUGCCAAUGUUUCGCCAUGUUUCACAGAGUGGGCAAACACUAGGAAACAUCAGCGAGAAACAUUAGCGCUCAGGGUAAAUCAGUCCUUGUAUUCUUCUCUGUCGAUGCCAAAUUUCUAUCAACUCGUCGUCAAUCUCAGCUUUUCGUCUCUUUCGUCUCUGUUUGAGUAUUUUACAUUAUCGACAUCCCACAAACAGUUUCUUGCUUUAUACAAACUUAUCAGCUUAUCUGUUUCGGUAUCAUUCCACACUCGCUCGCUUUUAACCUUUUUUUUAUUGCUUUGUUCGUCUGCAACAACUGGCAGGAAACGAACCUGUUGCCCUGCGAUUCCGGCGCAGCGUUCUAACCAACUGAGCGAGUUCAGUUGACGAGCAUUAACCAUGCGCAUUGCGCAUUGAGCAUUACUCAUGUAGUAACUACGUUAAAGGCUUUUUUCGAAGAUAUAAAUUUCGAAUGAAUACUAUAUUUUAUUAUAUAAACAUAAGUGUUAUAUAGAGUUUUUGGCCACUGAGAAAAAUCGUAUUUAAACAUACGUAAAAAAUACGAUAUUUUUACGUGUGUAAAUUAUCAUUUUUCAAUUAUCGCUUUUCUGUAAAAAUAAUCGCUUUUCAAAGACUGUCAUAGUGUCCUUUAUACAAUAAACAGAAAUCGCCCUCACUCGUGAGAUAUCAUGUUCAACACUCGAAAUAAAUCUGGUAGUUCCGCGCACCCAUGUAUUAUUCUCUAGUUAUUUUUUUAUUUGUGCAUGCCUAGUGAUAUUUUUUGAUUUCCUGCAAUCUGAUUGGCUGCAGCAGCGGGCAGCUUUUUACGAUAUCUUGACCGUGGUCCAAAAGAGUUAUUUUUUAGCGACAAACCAAGGAGUGAAGACAAUUUUCAAACUCAAAACACUACCCAAAAAGUUUAAAAAUCCACCCUAUCGAUACUAAAGACAGUAAAAUACAGUGAAUUGGCUUCAGUGGAAUUAAUGCCAAGCCCGAAAUGUACUUUUCUCCGACCAAAAUGCGAAAACAAACAACAUAAACAUCGAAAAAACACUGGCCAGUGCUACAUAUUUUGAUUCAAAUGCUCCACAUAUAUUCAGCUAUUCUUCGAAAAUAUACGUAUAACUAGAAGUUACUAUCGCAAGGAAAGUGCUGCCUCAUUCCCAAGGGAUCAAAGGCAGCAUGCGCAAUUUGCUGAAUAAGGGGCUAUUUUUAUGAUCCCGCUUUGCCAGGAUGAGAUAUGAGGUGGGAUGAUUUAGAUGUAUUUAAAUAAGUGAACAGGCUAAACGAAAGUUCAAAUGCUGGUUAACAGAACUCAAAUGUUGUAGAGCAUCUUGUAGUAUCAAAAUCAUCCCACCUUCCAUCAUGUAAACAGCCCCUAAGAUGCCUGUUCAGUAUGUAGGAAAAGUGCAAUUUGAAUACCAACACCUUGCACAAAGUCAAAGGUCAGCUAAAUAAUCUAAUUAUACUUUCUUUGCAUGGCCGUUUUCAUAUGAAUACCUUCAAUGCUUAUAACUUCUUGCUUUUGUAUCUAUAAUUAUAAUACUGUUAGUGGUGAAGCUAGCCUAGCAACAGGUCAUGCUACGGUUUUUAAUGUUUGCAUUGCAGGUCUAUUAGCAUACCAUGAUCAGUUGCCAUUCAAGCUUGCCACUCAAUACUGUACAAUAAUACCAUAUGUAUAAACAAUAAUGAUACUUGAAUGAAUCCAUUGGACAUGUAGAAUUUAAUAACAAUUUCAUAUAUAGAAAUACUAAGUCAGUUUUUGUCCCAAUUAUCGUUUUAAUGGCACCUUCAAGGCUACGCCUAUUGCAGAACAACUGAACAAUCUGCUGAUGGGGAGACAAAAUCUACUUGUUGACAUUUUUGUUUAAUACAUCAGCUUCAGAACUCAGAUGACACCAUUCUUUGUAAUGACUAAAGCCCCGUUUACACUACGCUCAAUUUUUGGUACGGCACGGAUAAAAUUGGUACACAUACCACUUUUUUGGUUCUUUGACUACCUAUUUAGCUACAGGUAAGCCCCGUUUACACUACGCUUAAUUUUUGGUACCGUACCACUUUUUGGUUCUUGGACUACCUAAAUAGGUAGUCCAAGAACCAAGAAAGUGGUACGGGUACCAAUUUUAUCCGUGCCGUACCAAAACUUGAGCGUAGUGUAAACGGGGCUUAAGAUUGUACACAGUCAGAACUACAAAACUAUAUAAUAAGAAAGAAAUUGUGAGCAUUAUCGAGAAAUAUAGUGUACCCUGAAAUGUGGUGACAUAGCCAGGUGAAUAUAUGAAUGAAGGCCGGUAGGAUAUUAAUAUAAAUUUUCAUAUUGUGCUAACAAUGAACAUAUGUCAAAGGUAUAUUUUUAGUCUGACCAUCACAUCUUGUAACUGCAUGCUGGUAUUAAAGUUAAUAUAUGCAGACAACAAUCCACGCUGGGUUGAUACAAUGAUAGGAAUAUAUUUAUUGCAUACAGGUACAACAUUCCGCGUUACAUAGAGUUUGUGAUGAAUAUGCUACAUUUAAAUAUAUAAAAUCUCUCAACCGUGUAGUUAAACAUUCAUGGCCAUAGCUAUAGGUGCAUUUUAAUAUUUAAUAUGUAUGACUAUGUAUAGGCUAGUAUAGCAUGGUAAAAGUCAAUAAACAGGAUCACACUCACAGACAUUUCUCAGCACUAUAUUAUCUCAUAUAUUAGUAUAUGUAAUGUUUUGGGCGAACAAAAUCGAACAAAUUGACAUACCUCUAAAAGAUCUCCCUUUCUCACAACACUUGAAUAUGAUAAGGCCAGUAUUUACACAAAAAAUGUCUUUGCUUCGCUCCUGGCCUCGUGUUUAUAUAUGCCACCACAGAUCAGUGUAUGCCACAAAGGCACAAACUCACACUAGCUGCAAAUCGAAAUAUUUUUAAACGCCAUUCUUGGAACGUCGUUCGUAGAUCGCUGAACAAAGUAUUCGGCAGUCAUCGAUUUGCUAUCGUAAACUCCUGGGGUAUGAUAAUGCUGCAAUGUAAAUUCCUUUCUGCAACGUCAUAAUAUGACGUCAAACUGCCGACAAACACGAAAAAAAUCGAGAUACGCUUCAAGUGUAUAAAACUGUUGGCGGGAAAUUCAAAUGCGCUAUAACACAUCGUCAAGAAUAGGAGGCUGCCUUCGGCAGCAAAUAUAAAUAGUACAACGUACAACUUGUCCUUAAACAUAAAAUUUUUAAAAAGUACCUUAAAUGCCAAGUUUUAAGACAAAUCCUAGGCUUAUCUCGGUCAAAAUUAUCUCGGUCAAAAUUUUUAUAAAAGUUGUAAUGAACAAAUUGUUUUUCGGCAACUAAAAUUUGUAUUUUUCUUUCAAAAAGCAUUUUUCAAGCAUGUCCAUGCUGUAAAACAAAUCGGAAAAUAAAUAUUUUUACUUUGUUUACCUUCUGUUUUCUUGUUGAGUAGAAAAGCAUCUAUUGCAAUGAAACUAAAAGCUUUUUAUCCAGCUUUUUUCGCGUCGUUUUAGCAGUUUGUCAGCCAUGCUUGCACUAAAGUAACAAACGCAACUGAUCUCAAAUGUACUUCGCAACUGGAAUUUUAUCGGAAUUCAUUAUAACCAUGAACUAUCAAAUAAAAAAAUAAACACGUUAUUUACCGUUUAGGUCGGUCCGUACUAAAAAAUAUUUUCCCUCGGCCUCAGAAGCGUCCCUCGGCCUUAGGCCUCGGGCAGCUUCUGAGACCUCGGGAAAAAUAUUUUUUCAGUACGGACCUCGCAGCCGGUAAAUAACAUAUAUAUAUUAUAGUACAUUUUGAACCUAAUCAGGAGCAGGUGCGAAAAAUGCCUGUCGGCCCUCUGGCAGGGGUCCAACCUGCGGCCCUCCGAUUGAGAUGUAGCGCUCUAACCAUGCAAUAGACUUGCCACAAGUCGACCUUGAACGAAACGCGAGCAGCGAGCGCGAGCGACUUUGGCAAGUCUAACCAGGGCCCUGGUCUAACCAUGCAACUGCGCUACAGAGUCCAGCUGCCGAGCAGUAACCACAAGUUCAUGUAACCAGCUCCUGGUUAGGUCUAAAAAUGUAUGUAAUAUUCACUCGAAAUUUUUAUUUUCGAAUUCGAAAAAGCCCUUCAACAGUUAUUGUAGUUCUAUCGAAUGAGAUCCCAGCUCAGUCGUCAGAGACCCUUAAACCAAAGACCUUGUACUCGAUACCAGGUUGGGACAAAUAGAAGUUGAUUCUUCAACAAGUUAUUCAACUGCUUAUUUGGAUCCCGUUUCCUCUGAAUGUGUUGAACGAAAUUGGUUGUUUUGUGUUGAUUCUUUCAGGUCAAAUCUGUUAUUCAGGUGGAAAGUGACGACGAAGAAGAAGCUAUGGAUAUUUGUGACGAUAAUGAAAGCACGUGUAGUGAUGUUUCUGUCGAAAUUGAAGUUGAAGAUGAUGACGAUGAUAUAAUUUUAGAAGAAAUUCCGAUCAGAAAAACCAUCAAAGACUUGAGUGAGUGACAUUUCAUGUACACCAGUGUAAUAUGCAAUUGCUGGGUUGUACUAAGCUCUACGGAGUAGCAGAUGGUGGUCAACAAUAGAUAUGAUUACAUUUAUAGGUGCAAGACUAUAAUGCAAGACUACGGCAUAUAGUAAAAAUAAUAAACAUUUCCCUAUUUUGAUGAAUGCUGGAGGCGAUUAAGAAUCUGAUAGUGCAUUGUGAACCCUAUACAGUACCUGUUCAGAAUGAUAAUCACGUGCAUUACUUGACACGAUGCACAUUUCCUUGACAUUGAUAUGUUUUAUGCAUUGCAGUACCGCCUCGCAGUAGAGAUACUCGAGAAACAUUAACGACAUUUGUUAGUAAUUUCGAAGAAAGGUAAGAGUCCUAACUGAUAUAUGACAGCUAAACACCAUGGGUAUGCUGUACCUGUUGCCACUUAAUAACUCACAUAUCUAGUGCCAAUAGCGUUUCCUAAGGUUGGGAUUUAAGGUUUGGCCUUCCCAACCUCUUAAAACUGACAGCUGGCUAGGUCAGUACUGUUACGGUAAUAUACCGUUAGCAUUGAAGCAAACAACACCCAAGCAGCGGCAGAUCUACCGGGGGGGGGGGGGUUGCGCACCCCGCCUACUGGUGUGCAGCACCCCCUUGAAGAUUUGCCGCUUUUUGAGUUGUGAAUGCUACUUAUUCCGGAAAACCACCACGCCCUCUAACAAACGAUGCCUGUAGGUAGUAACAAGGUGCUUUUGCUGCUUGGAGCGAGGAAAGUCGACUUUGCUUGAACGUCGCUAAAAGCCUGCCUUUGCAACGCCCAGGAAAGUGCUUUCUACUGUGCUGUAUUCAUGAAAGUACAGUAAAUUAUCGCUUUUUCUUGUGAUUUACUGUAGGUAUGGCCACUGCCAUCCACAUUUUUACCUUGGAUCAUUUAACGAAGCCUUAGAGGAGGCGAAUGCCAAGACUGCGAAAGAUGUAAGUUCUUGUGUCAAGUUGAUUAACGUUAAGAGUAAAACAUUUACCAUGCCGUCCAUGCGUUAACAUUAUUGAA